UAAAAAAAGGCAACAAAAAAAUUUGAUGGGAUUAUUGUGAAAUGGGAAUCUAACCAAUGCGUAAAGAAUACAAAUUAAACGCCGAGCGUAAUGAUGCGCAAGGCUGCGUUAUGAAUCCCAGUGAUCACCCUCACAGCCACAGGCUCUGGAUGAACAUGAUAUUGUCUGUUUCAUUCCUCACUCUGACAUUAUCUUUUUUCUUCUUCUUUUUUUUAACCUUGGGGGCAGCAGGGCCGGUUGUUUUCUGCGCAGUUGUGUCAUUUCGCUGCGUAAAGCCGCCUUAACGCGCUCCAACGUUAAACCGGGCUGUGAGUCUGUCCGCAUAUCCGCUGCGCACACUUUGUGCGACAUAAAGAAGGCGCAUACAGGGAAGGAAGGAAGGAAGGAGGGAGGGAAGGACAGAAGGGAAGAAGGAAGGGAGCGUCGAAACGUUUCAGGACGCGCAGCAAAAAUUUUAAAAAAGGGUCAAAAUGUUGAUAUUGUGUUUGAAAAGGGAGGCGCUGAGCUCUCCUUUCCGCCCGAUUGGCCGGACUUGACAGUGAUUGACGUGCUUCCAUGGCAACCGCGCAGCCAAUCUGCCAAGUCCAAUAGGAAAUCAUCGGAGGGGGCUUGACUAGCUUUUUCUCUCCCCCCUCCUCACCCCUCCCUUAAAAAUACAUCUCAGCUCCGGCUUUAAUUCUUCCCUGCAUUCAGUCCCAGGCUACCUUGAAAAAUACACCGCCGCUCGGGCUUUAAAGGCUCCAGCAUCUUCGGUCAAGUUCACCGCGGCGGAGUGAGGAUGCGGUAGCCGAGGCCCCGCGCAGUAUCGUCCCUCCUCAGCGGCGCUUCCCUCGGCUGCUCAGACGGACGCGGAGGAAAGAGAGAGAGAGGAAAAGAGAGAGAGCGAGAGAGAGAGAGGGGAGGGGGAGAGUGGAAACCCAGGAGAAGCCUCCAUGUUUCAGCUGCCCAUCCUGAAUUUCAGCCCCCAGCAGGUCGCCGGGGUCUGCGAGACUCUGGAGGAGAGCGGCGACAUCGAGCGCCUCGGCCGCUUCCUCUGGUCGCUGCCCGUCGCGCCGGCGGCCUGCGAGGUCCUCAACAAGAACGAGUCGGUGCUGAGGGCCCGGGCCGUGGUCGCCUUCCACACCGGCAAUUUCCGCGAACUCUACCACAUCCUGGAGAACCACAAGUUCACCAAAGAGUCGCACACGAAGCUGCAGGCGCUGUGGCUGGAAGCGCACUACCAGGAGGCUGAGAAGCUGCGGGGCCGCCCGCUGGGGCCCGUGGACAAAUACCGGGUCCGGAAGAAGUUCCCGCUGCCCAGAACCAUCUGGGACGGAGAGCAGAAGACCCACUGCUUCAAGGAGAGAACCCGGCACUUGUUGAGAGAGUGGUACCUGCAGGAUCCGUACCCGAACCCCAGUAAAAAGAGGGAGCUAGCACAGGCUACUGGACUCACACCCACACAGGUGGGAAACUGGUUUAAGAACCGGAGACAAAGAGACAGAGCGGCGGCUGCGAAGAACAGGCUACAGCAGCAGGUUCUCUCCGGCGGUUCGGUUCGCUCCUUGGCGGAUGAGGACGGCACGGUGGACCGCCUGGGGAACUCCUCCAGCCCGGAGGCCAGCCUGUCCAGCAAGGCGGCCGCCUCGGCCAUCUCCAUCACCUCCAGCGACAGUGAAUGUGACAUCUGAGCAGCGCGAACUGACCGAUUAAAGGGGGAAAAGACAAUCCAAUAAAACAAGUAACAGUGCCUGCGUCGAGUUAAAACACACACACACACACACACACACACACACACACACACACACACACACACACACACACUGACAUUUGACGGCUGCCAAAACAUGAGGGGACCCGCCAUUCGUGGGUGCCAUUUCAGGCCUAUACGUUUGUCUGCGUGGAAACUGGAACCGGACAUUUCACGGACUAAAAGCGCUUGAAGAUGAAAUUUUUUUUAAAAAAAGGGACAGAAAUAUAUUAAAAAAAGAAAGAAAGAAGGAAUGAAAGGAGGGAUGAGUGUCCAUCCAAACCGGCCUGACCUGCUGUUCUCUGUGGGUAUUUCAUGUUGAAAAGAAGAACUGUGAUAUUUUUACUUUAAAGUUUUAUAAAUAAUGUUUAUUUGCUUAUUUAAAACGAUCUGCUCUAUUGUCUCUUCGAGUUUCAUAUUCAUUUGCUUGGUGUUUUUAAUACAUACCUUGUACACAGGUGAACCUGUUGAGCAUGCGCGCUUUAGUGACGUUGUGUUUCAGUUUAAAAAAAGCAACAAAAAAAAAGGUAAAGAUAACUUAAUAAAAUAACUGUUG